AUGGACGAUUACCGCUUCCCCGAUUCCCGGCUCAAGAAGAAGAUGGAUGACCCGUCGAAGACACCGCUUCUACUUGUUGCUUGUGGAUCCUUUUCUCCGAUUACAUUCUUACACUUGCGCAUGUUUGUUAUGGCCGCAGACUACGUUAAACACAACACCAAUUUCGAGAUAGUUGGCGGAUAUUUGUCGCCUGUGUCUGACGCUUACAAGAAACAAGGCUUGGCCCCUGCAGAACACCGAGUAGCAAUGUGUCAACUCGCAAUCGACAAGGCCUCUAACUGGCUCAUGGUUGACAGUUGGGAAGCCGAGAAGAAGGAAUAUCAACCCACGGCCAAAGUCCUGGACCACUUUGACCAAGAGAUAAACGUGAUGAGAAAAGGGAUCGAUACCGGAGACGGCACCCGAAAGCCCGUCAAAAUCUCCCUACUCGCUGGAGCCGACUUGAUCCAAACCAUGUCAACUCCUGGGGUGUGGAGCGAGAAAGAUCUGGACCACAUUCUUGGACGCUACGGUGUUUUUAUCAUUGAACGUUCCGGCACCGAUAUCGAUGAAGCUCUGGCAAGCUUACACAAUUAUCGUGAAAACAUCCACGUUAUUCAGCAAUUGAUCCAGAACGACGUCAGCAGCACGAAGAUCAGAUUGUUCCUCCGAAGAGGCAUGAGUGUGCAGUACCUCAUCCCAGCUCCGGUGGUAGAGUAUAUCGAGCAGAACCACCUAUACGGAGACGAGCAUCGGUCAUCCAGUACCCCUUCUAUCGUCCAGGACAAUGACAAGGGCAAAGAUAAAGAAGUCGAACCAACAGCCUGA